AUGGAAAUGCGCAAUAAGGUAUACGCUAACAUUGUAUCAUUAACGAAAGUUCAUCCGAAAGAAGAGGAAGAGUGCGGUAUUUCACAUAAUUUAAACGAACCCAUUGGAUCGAUGAAUACGCAAGAAUCGGAAAAGCCGGAAUUGUUGCGACGUGUGAGACCAAAUUUUGCUGAUGAUGUAUAUGGCUCACGCGCCUUGAAACUUAACAACGAACAUGUGGAGCAUGUGAAAAAUGAUAUUAUAGAAAAUCGAACAGACAUUUGCGAAUCAGCGCUUGCACAGAGACGUUCAGCACAAUUACCGAAGCUCAAAAAAAUAACAAACAAGCCGAGGCCAUUAAGCAAUGAUUUCUCGACACGAGGUGAAAUGAAUGAUUUUGAAUUUGUCUACUCUGAUUGUGAUACACAUGCAGCAGAACUGGCUGAACUUUACACCUACAGCGAGUUGGAGGACUGGGCAUUGAACAUGCGUGCUUACCGAGAUUUCGUAGAAUCUAGAAAGCUUGGUCACAAGUGGUCAGAACUCAUGGAGAAUCAACAAAAGGAUGUUUUAUUAAGUUUGCUGGAAGAGUUGGAACGAGUCGAGCCAAACAUACGAUUAAAUGCUGCACGAUCCAUACUUUAUAUAUUGCAGGGUACUUAUAUGGAUUUUGUUGAUGAGAGGGAUAUUAUUAUUGAUGGCUCCUUCAAAGGUCAUAAUGAAGGAGAAGUUGAUAACGAUUUAGGUAUCGGACACUGCGAAGAAAAAUGUUUAACACUGGGAGUUCUCAAUGCCUAUAAAGCGUAUGAAGUUGGAACUUAUCAGGCGCUAUGUAAGUUACUGUUGACUGAAACCCAAGAUAUUUGGGAUGGUGGACCAGUUGGAGCAGGUCAAUAUAGCCGAUCAUCGUCAGUGUCUAACAGCCGUUCAGCAUCAAACGCUGAUCUUUCGGAGAGUGUUGUGGAAAGGCGGAAUAAUCGACGAAGUGCUACGAUGGCUGAUAAUGAAGCACUGCGUGUGACACUAAGUGCCUUAUAUCAUAUGGUAGAGUCGAUACGACGAUCAGAUUUGUUUGAACUUGUUGUUCCCGCAGAUAAGAAAUCUCGAUAUGCUUCGCUGAAGAAAGAUUUUAUUGCAGAAAUUGAGGAAGUGAUCGAGGACGCUGAUAUGUCGUUGAUUAUGGUUUUACUCGAAAUGAUGCCUGCUUUCUGCCACGGGAGUAGUCCUCACUUUCCAAUGAAAAAGGUCCUUUUACUGGUCUGGAAAAUACUUCUAGCAAUAUUGGGUGGUUGGAAGGAGUUGCGUGAAGGGAAAGCUGCUAAACGAGCAGCAGCAAAUUUGAGCUCAAUUGAAGAUACACUCCUUGUAGCAAGUGCAAUGAAAUCAUCUUCGAUAAAUGGCAAUGAUUCGGAGCAAAAUCAAGGUAUUGUUCGUCCAAAGAGAACGCUUCAUCCUUCAGCUCGGUUAAUUUGUCGUCAGUUUGCUUGUACUGCCUCUAAUUCGCUUGAAGACAAAGACGAUGGAGAACUGGAUAAAAUGGGAUCUGAAUAUGCAGAAAUUGAUCAAAUGCCAAUAGAUUUAGGUUUGCCUAACAACAGCGCUACUAUAGACGCAAAUGAUUUAACCGAUUUGGUAGUUGAAGAAUUACCUCAAACCCCAGCUCCUGUUUUCGUCACGGAAGAAAUACCACACAUGAGGAGCAGGUUGGAUCGUCCAAAUCCGUUAAUGCGAAGUUCAUAUACCGGUGAUCAUACACCGGUCGCAAGUACACCACCACCUAUGGAUAUACUUUUUCGCACAUCAUUGCCGUGGAAUUCGAAAGUUCGUGAUGAAGAUAUCGAAACAUUUUUACAAUGUGAAAGAAUGAAAUUUUUUAAUUAUCGUUUAUCGAAUGAUUCAAGGACAGUAUUUGGUUUACCAUUACCAAUCCAAAAAAGUAUCGAAGCAUUACGUCGUCAUGUCUAUGUUUCACUGGGUGAAUUACAAGCAAAUCGAGAAAAAGAAUUAAAUCGAUAUAUGUUUUCACAGCGAGAAGAUAAUAUUCCAAUGACGAGUGCUGAAAAAUUGUAUCGGAUGAUGUUGCCUAAUUUAAGUCAAUACAUUAUUGCUUUAUUAAAAGUACUGCUGGCUGCUGCACCUUCUUCAAAGGCAAAAAGUGAAGCAAUCAAUAUAUUGUCGGAUGUGCUUACACCUGAAACGGAUAAUAAUGAGAUACUGUCAAAUUCACUUAAUUUUGAUAGUUCACUCUCCAAUAUGCUUGAACAAAGCGUUCGUAUUGCAAUCGAUGUUAACCGACACAAAGAGAUAAUGGUUAAAGCUUCUUCCGCGAUUCUAAUAUUACUAAUGAAGCAUUUUCGAUUAAAUCACAUUUACCAGUUUGAAUAUAUCGGACAACAUCUUGUUUUCGCCAACUGCAUCCCGCUGAUCCUGAAAUUUAUGGAUCAAAAUAUGGUUCGAUAUAUACAGUCGAAACAUGAACUGCCACCGUACAAUUAUCCACACGCCCCACUUUACUAUGUACGGAAUCAUGAAGAAUGGCCAGUAUUGGAUAUUAAUAAUCUCGAAGACAGUGAUUCGCAAUCACCAUCAUACUAUCUAUGGCGUAAUGUUUUCUCAGCCAUCAAUCUUCUGCGUGUUUUGAAUAAAUUAACUAAAUGGAAACAUGCACGCACGAUGAUGCUCGUAGUGUUCAAAUCUGCACCAAUUUUAAAACGCUCAUUAAGGGUUAAAUUGGCAGUGUUCCAGUUAUAUGUAUUGAAAUUGCUCAAAAUGCAAGCUCGAUAUCUUGGACGACAGUGGAGACGAACAAAUAUGGAAAUUAUGUCAGCGAUUUAUACGAAAGUGCGGCAUAGAUUGAAUGAUGACUGGGCAUAUGCAAAUGAAACUCGUUCGAAAUCGUGGGAUUUCCAGAAUGAAGAAGCGGCACUAAAAACUGCGGUAGAAAGAUUUAAUUCGAGACGUUAUGCUCGUUUGUAUUCUGCGUUUGCAUUAGAAGUUGGAGAAUCUUCAGCUCCGGGUGAUAGCUAUUUGGAUAAUGUUGAUAUGAAUGAAUUUGAACCAAUGAACAAUAGUUUCCAGUCAUUAUUGGGUACAAAAGUGGAACUAAGUGAUCGAUUUAAGCGUAACUAUGUCAGAUGGGUUGAUGAUGAAGUGAUUAAAAACCAUACAAAUUGGGAUCUCCUUAUGGCGCUUACACGUGGCAUCAUUGAUUUUAUAUAACAUUUUGUGGCAAAUAGUCUUCCCUUCUUUUGACUCAUGUCAAAAUUGUUUUGAAUGUUUAAUUCUCUCCUAUUUUUUUAACCAAAUUUUUACCAAGUGAGGUGUUUUACUAUCCC